GAAAUGGCCUUGGAUACCAUGGUAACUGCAGCCCUCGGUCGACCUUUCACCCUGGGGAUGCUCUAUGAUGCUCGGAAAGACCAACUGGUCCCAGGUUUCACAUUGUGGAAUGAGAAAACUGUAGAAGAGAACACAGUUGAAAGCUCUCAGCACAGCAGUGUGUUUGAAAUUUCUGCAUCUGACAACACUGACUCCAAGUCCACUCUGCUGGAUGUUGAUGCUUCCCUGAAGGCCAGCUUCCUGAGUGGACUGAUUGAAGUUGGAGGAUCUGCCAAGUAUCUGAAUGACCAGAAGAAAUCCCACAAUCAGAGCAGAGUGACCUGUCAGUACAAAGCUACCACCAACUUCAAGCAGCUGUCAAUGAUCGGCCUCGAUACCGCGCAACCCCAACAAUCAGACAUGAUUCACAAGGGCUUUGCAACACAUGUAGUCACAGGCAUCCUUUAUGGGGCCAAUGCUUUCUUUGUGUUUGACAGUCAGAAGCUAGACACCAGCAGUGUUCAGGACAUCCAGGGCAGCAUGGAAGCGGUGAUAAAGAAGAUCCCUUCAUUCAGUAUUGAAGGGAAGGUUGACAUCAAGCUGACUGAUGAAGAAAAAGCCCUGACUCAGAAAUUCUCCUGCAAAUUCCACGGAGACUUCCUUCUGGAAAGCAACCCUGCCUCAUUUGAAGAUGCAGUGAAGACCUACGCACAACUUCCGCAGCUAAUUGGAAAAAAUGGAGAGAAUGGUGUUCCUCUGAAGGUCUGGCUGAUGCCGCUGACAUAUUUAUACUCUGAAGCUGCUGAGCUGAAAAGAGAGAUCAGCAUUGAAUUAGUGAGCAUGGUGCAUGAUACUCUUGAAGAUAUAAGGCGCCUAGAAAUAAGAUGCAGCGAUUCUCUGGACGAGGUCAAGAAUUUUCCUCCGAUUCAAGAACAGCUGAGCACUUUCCAAAAGUUAUGUGCUUAUUAUGCAAUCACCCUCAAGCAGGCCCUGGCAAAGAAUCUUCCCUCCAUCCGUGAAGGGAAAGAAGAAGAGAUCUCUUCAACAGGAGAUCUCUUCAUUGCCAGAGACAAGUCACCGUUCAGCCAUGAGAAACUGAGCAGGUGGCUGGAUCACAAAGAGCGAGAAAUCAACGUCAUCAGAUCCUGUGUCGAUAUCUUGGAGGGAGCAAAGAUCGUCCUGAGUCAGUCAGAGCUGGACAGAGAGGCUCUUGAUCCAGGUAAACACGAUGUUCUGUGCUUUGUCUUCACCUCCCUGAAGAAUACUGACCCCUUCCUGGAUCAGAUGGCCCACUACUUGGACCCAAGCAAAAAUGCAGGCACAACAACUGAAGACCAGUGGUACUACUCAACUGAAGUUGUCAAAAAGAUGAGAAAGAAAGCCAGAUAUUUCCAAGAGUUUAUCAAAACACAGCAUCAGUAUCAUUGCUUCAUAGCAGCCAUUGCAAAUGAGGCAUACACAGGAGCAAGUGCCUACUAUUACAUCGACGGCGAGUUGGUAAAUCAAAAUGACCCACUCUGUCACGAUCCGUUGCUGAAAGCACCACAGACAGAAGAGAUUUCAUGCACUGUGCGUCAUUUAAUAAAGUAA